UUGCGCAUCAAAUCAUUGAAGCGAUCUACUGGAAAAUUUUUUAAAUAUUUUUGCUAAGUCGUUUUCAGUCACGCAUAGUGAAAUAUUCUUAAGAAAACAAAAUAAUGUCAUUUUCGAAACAAUAGUUUUCUCUAGAUGGAGGUAAAAUGUUAUGAAGAGAGGAAAAGGCAAUAAAUGGCUGAUGAGUUUGGAGUGACAUAUAUGAAAGCAUACUUAUCUUGUGAUCUCGAACUAUUGUCAAGACGCCAAAAAAGCAUCAUCUUGGCGAUGAGGAGUGAUAACAAAACGGCAACCCUACGGAAAGGCGGCAACUCUGUAUCCACGCUUCGGAUCCGAUCUUUUCCUUCUCACAUAGACGGUUGUCAUGGCAACGGAUGUCAACAAUUCCGUGUGUGGCCAUCCCAAAAACAUAAUAGCAUGCCUAGGAUAGCACUGUUACCGGAUCAAUUAUACGAAGAAAAUGUGGUUGUGCAUUCCGAAGAUUCGGAUGAAGCAGAUGAUGAUUUUCGGGAACAAUAUGCUCGGGAAGUGCGGAAAAUUCGCGACAACAUCCGAGCUAUCCGCCGCAUCAAAAUCCGUAGUUCUCGUUCAUCCGCCGCAUCCUCUUCCAUUCCACGGACAACACGUGCUCAUUGUGGCCAUCAACUGAAGACAAGAUCUGUCAGUUGUUCGCAAUUUGAACAGCAGCGCCCCACACGGGAGAAUGGCUCUGCAUACAGUAGAGAAUAUGAACUUUAUCCUACUUCUGGCCCACAUUGGUUGUCAGAAAUAAUUGCUCCUAGCAAAUACUCCUAA